GCAGAAGACCUCCCCCCGUCCCCACAGCCGGCCAGGCAGCCUCACACCCACCCCCCCGCCCAGGGGCGGCUGCGCCAUGCCGCCCCUCCCCAGGCGGUGAGGUCGGAGCGGCGGGGAAGAAGGGAGGAGAGGGCGGCCCCCGCGGGGGGUCGUCGCCAUGACGAGAGGCAGCGCCGCCGCCGCCGCUGUCCCUUCAGCACCGCGGCGGGAGGAGGAGGCGGCGAUGGCGGGACGCGGGCGGGGGCCGUCAGGGCGCCGCGGCCGCUGAGGGAGCACGGUUUUUACUCCCUGUACCCCCCUGGAAGGAGCUCACUAUGACAGGGCAGAGUCUGAAGGCUUUAUCUGAGGCAAAUUUCGAAGACAAUGAGAUCAGCAUCAACGUUGGAGGCUUUAAGAAAAAGAUGAGAUCCAACACAUUGCUAAGGUUCCCCGAGACCAGACUGGGCAAACUGCUGAGCUGCCACUCGAAGGAGUCGAUACUGGAGCUCUGCGACGACUAUGAUGACACCAAGAAUGAAUUUUAUUUUGACAGGAACCCUGAGCUCUUCCCUUAUGUGCUACACUUUUAUAACACUGGCAAGCUCCAUGUGAUGGGUGAACUCUGUGUGUUUUCUUUCAGCCAGGAGAUUGAAUACUGGGGAAUCAAUGAAUUCUUUAUAGACUCAUGCUGCAGUUACAGCUACCAUGGGAGGAAAAUGGAGCCAGACCAAGAGAAAUGGGAGGAACAAAGUGACCAGGAAAGUACCACAUCGUCUUUUGAUGAGAUCUUGGCAUUCUACAAUGAUGCCUCAAAGUUUGACAAACAACCCUUCGGAAACAUCAGGAGGCAGCUCUGGCUGGCUUUGGAUAACCCUGGCUACUCAGUCUUAAGCCGAAUCUUCAGUGUCCUUUCAAUAGUGGUGGUGCUGGGCUCCAUCGUGACCAUGUGCCUGAACAGCCUCCCAGACUUUCAGAUUGUUGACAGCAACGGGACCCCCGAGGAGGACCCUCGCUUUGAAAUCGUGGAACACUUUGGUAUUGCAUGGUUCACUUUUGAACUGGUGGCGAGAUUUGCAGUAGCUCCUGACUUUUUAAAAUUUUUCAAGCAUGCCCUGAAUUUGAUUGACCUAAUGUCUAUCCUACCAUUUUAUAUUACCUUAAUUGUCAACUUGGUGGUGGAAAGUAGUCCGACCUUGGCAAAUUUAGGCAGGGUUGCACAAGUCCUGAGACUCAUGAGGAUCUUUCGCAUCUUAAAGCUUGCUAGACACUCAACAGGUCUCAGGUCUCUUGGAGCCACCCUGAAGUAUAGCUACAGAGAGGUAGGGCUUCUUUUACUUUACCUCUCUGUUGGCAUCUCCAUUUUCUCAGUUGUGGCUUACACCAUUGAAAAAGAAGAGAACGAGGGGUUAGCCACCAUCCCUGCUUGUUGGUGGUGGGCUACGGUUAGCAUGACCACGGUUGGCUACGGGGAUGUUGUGCCAGGGAGCACUGCUGGCAAGUUGACGGCAUCUGCAUGCAUCCUAGCCGGUAUCCUAGUGGUAGUGCUUCCCAUUACACUGAUCUUCAAUAAAUUCUCCCACUUCUACAGGCGUCAGAAGCAGUUAGAGAGUGCCAUGAGAAGCUGUGAUUUUGGCGAUGGCAUGAAAGAAGUUCCAUCGGUCAAUUUAAGGGACUACUAUGCUUAUAAAGUUAAAUCCCUUAUGGCCAGUCUUACCAAUAUGAGCAGGAGUACCCCCAGUGAGCUGAGCCUGAACGAUUCACUGCAUUAGUGUACAAGUUUGACAGCAGUUUGCAUGAGAGCUAUCAAGAGCUAUGUUUAUGAAUGUUUUCCUAUUUGUCCUUUUUUUUUUUUUUUUUUUCCCUAGAGGGUAAUGUUGCUGACACUGCACUAACUUUGCACUUGAGAAACUAAAGAAAUUUAUAUUACAAGUUGACAGUUUGCACAUCCUCAUCCUGUUGCAUCGGUACUGAAUGCUGACCUUUUCAUACAAGUGUUACCACUGCCAUGGCAUUAGUGCUAGCAGUAUAGUGAUGAUUUGCUACUUUGUGCACUUCCUCAUUUGAGCAGAGAAAUGAGCGUACCCGAGUGGAAUAAAAAUUCUCAGCUGUGAAACUAGGGAUGAACAAAUCACCUAUCACCUAUACUGGUAUCUGUACUAGUUCAAGACCAUCACGAGGCAAGUGUAGGACUUCUGAUGCAUUUUAUAACCAUUUUUAAAGAAUCACCUGUGACUCACUGACAUGGCAACACUUUUCCCCUUCUUUCUGACUGGUAAUUCUGCUCGUCACGUGUCUGAACACACCUCUGAGCUUCACAUUUCAGUGGAAGUUUGCUUACUCUUUAGCACACAUGUUAAAAACUGGGUGUUCUUGUUUUGAAAUGCUGUGUACAGUAGUACUUUUUAGAAGCUCCUCAGCAUAGACCUACCUCUGUUUCCAACAUUAGGUCAACACCGAGCCCUCUGGAGAAGCCCAACCCUCAUUUUCAGAUAGCUGCAUAUUCAAAGACUUCCUCAAGUGACUGUAGGUGCAGAGGGGCAUGAAGACAUCUCAGGUUUCUCUUUUCAGAAGGGAUGUGCUCACCGCUUGGUUCCAGUGAAAUGCUCUGCGUUUCAGCCCAUCAAAAUGGUUCUGAGAUUAGCCACACAAAAACGUGGGUUUUCAACAAUUAGGAGCUCCAGUGGAAAAUCUGGAUUUGUUUAAUGAAGAGAAAUAUUCCCACAUGAACAGUACAGGCAGCAUUUUAGGAACUGACAUUCAUAUACUGCAAAAAGACUAAUUAUAAAGUUGCCAUAUGUGAUGCUGAGAUACAAAAUCUAAUUUUAUCAGGAAAGCUUGAAAGCAGGUGUUGAUGGCAGCCAAUUCCAUUACGCUUUCUGCCAAGGAAACUCUAAGGGGGAAAAAAAAAUACCCUGCAAGUCACAUUUUCCCUCUGAAAAGAACUCACAAGUUACAGCUAAGACUGUAAGGGCCUAAGAAAAGAACAGAUACAGAAAAAGAGCUUAAUACUGCACUCACUGUGGGCAGAUCCUCCCACCCGGUUUUGUGACGUAGCCGGUUUAAAUCCUCUCAAGGGCUGGCCUGUACUUUUUCAAGUCUUUUUCUUCUAAGAGAGCAGAUCAUCUGGGUUCUCAAGAGUAACCGUGAAUCUGCAUAAACUUGUUGUUUGAGUGAUCAGCCUUUUCCCUUACGUAAUUGUACAGAGAUCAAACACUUGUAGCCAACGGGUAGAGCCUUCACAUUGCUGGUGUGAGCUCUGCUAUGAAACAAACUCCUGGCACUCAGAGGGCAGAGCGGCAUUUCUUUUCAAAUCCUGCAAUUUUUCUGCCCCAUUUAUUACACAUUUUGCUACUUUUUUAUUUAUAUUUUUUCAUGUGAAGACUAGAGAUGUUCAGAAAAAUUAAAACUGGUUAGGACAGAAAAUACUAGAGCUAAAUUAGUCCUGUUUGGAAGCCUGUGCUUACAUACCGUAACAAGGAGUGGCACCCAAAUUAAAGCCACCCAACUGGCAGAAUAAAGCAAAUAUGGUAUGGAUAUAUCCUUUUUUUGGACUGUUAGGGGUUGCUGUCUGGUCUGGAUCUUUUGGUGGUGGUGAUUGUAUCAGCUCCACCUAAAACCAGAAAGCUGAGCACCCAGGACCAGAUUCCAGUGAUCUGUCGAAGGAUACACAGUGGGAAAUAACUUAUACCUCACCCCACUUCUCCCCAAAAAAUUCCCUUUGAACACCCUCCCUGGAGGUCAAUAAGCCAGGAAUUGUGAGGAAAACAGGUCCCUUACUAGACUUACCAAAAUAAAAUGUGAACAGAUUUCAGCAUAGCCUGUACAAGCCAUGAAGUCAGUAGGCAAGAAGUUGCUUAGUAUCUCCAAACUGUCAAAAAAGCCUUAUCCAUGGCCCUGAAGAUUGACUUGGAUAACACAAAUUAGGACAUCCAAACUUGGGAUUUUUGGCUAAGAUUUCUUACUUCUGGAAGGCUGGUUCAAGUUCUUUACUGGGUCUUCACAGGCACAAAUACAAUUGUCUUAUCCCUUCUUCGUAUUGCAUGAGUCUAAACUAUCAUACACCUACAAAUACCCACCCAAAACAUGGCACAGCACCUGUUGGAUUGAAACUCUGUGAAAGAAACAAGAGAAGGAAGAGAAGGGUUUGUGUAGCACAUCCACCCACUCCAGGCAGGUUAAAUACUGCCAGGGAGGCAAAAUCUCCCAUUGGUGUCGAGGCCAACACGGCCCCCAUCGGGUCUGUUGCUUUGGGGCCUGCAGAGAACCUCGCUAAGGUUCUCUUAAACCCUAAGCAAUGGGUUUAUCUCAGUUUCACGAGCAGUAGAUUCACGGAGUCCAAAACCAGUGACUUUCAGGGAAGUUAUUUGAGGAGACCUGUAAACUUGCCAAAGAGUCACAAAUUUCCUCAGCUGUUGUGAGUUUAGCAUUGCACAGGUUGAUUCCAAACUUUGCAACACAUCAUUUCAAUAACCUAUAGCUUAUCUUAUGUUCUAGAUUUAUUACUCGUAGGGCUGAUGCUCUGUCAUUUCUGCAAGUAUUGAAUGGAAUGUGUCCAAAUUGCGUUUUACUAAAGAAAAUGAAAUACCCCAAGGAAUUAUGACUUUUAUUGUACUGGUUGAAAGGAAUUUUCAUUAUUGCUUUUUUAUAUAAGUGCUUUGGAUCAAAGACACUAAAUAAAUAAAGUACUGAAAUUUAA